AUGGACGUGGAUCAAGAUUUCGGUGGUUACAAGUGCGAUGCUGUAAAUGGACUCACUCCUGCUGAUUUCAAGAUAGUGAAAAUAGAACAAAUUAGGAAGCCAGGCUCCCCAACCAUCGUACAAUUAGACAUUCAAGCCACUUCACUGACAGUAAAAUGGACUGCACCAGCUGAUGAUGGAGGAAGUCCUAUCACAGCAUACCGAGUGGUCAUACUAAAGGGUGGCACUAAGAUAAAGAAUAUAAAUAUUACUGACCCUGGUACAAAAAGUCUGUCUGUUGGAGAUCUGGAGAGAGAUACCGAGUACUUUGGGAAGGUUUUUGGGAGGAAUGCUGUGUUUGAGGGACCUGCUGCAGAAAAAGAAGUGAGGACUAAGUAUGAAGGAGUCCCAGCAGCAGCAACAAUUGAUGAUCUGCCAAAUGAGGUAACAGACGAUACAAUUACCCUGAGGUGGAGUGAACCGGAAAAUAAUGGAAGAGUGAUCACACAGUACACUGUGUAUCAAAGAAUAGUGACUGAUGGUAAACCAGGAGAGUGGAUCAAGUUGAAGACAAUUACAGAUGUCUCCAUUAGAGAAUUGACCGUUGAGAUGGAAAGCGGCCAGGUGUAUGAAUUUGUGGUUACUGCAACAAGUGAACUUGGUGAAAGUUUAAAACAAGAUGGAAAGAUCUUGACAGUCAAGGCAUCACGAGUACCACCAACAAUUGCCUCAAAAAGCAAAGGUAAGGUCAUUAUUGUUGUUGAUGCCAAGGGUAAUCCUUUCACCACUUGUAACCGGGAGACUGGCAAGGUUCUUCCAAUACCGUAA